CCAAUUUCACAAAAUCCACUUUCACUAAUUCCGGCACGAGUGCAUCGGAAGACUAAAAAGCUCUCAAGACCAGAGAUCGUGUUAAGCGAUGAACAAUUUAUUGAUUUGGCCAAAAGGUACGAAACACAUCCAUGCCUCUGGAAUGAAAAUGAGAUAGCAUACAGAUUCACUAACAGGCGUCGUGAAGCCUUGGAGAAUAUACUUCAGGAAUUUAAUUUAAAGUUUGAUAUAAACUUAACUAAACCUGAUCUGGAAAAGGAAAUUUCUCGACUACGCAAAAUAUGUUCAUACGAAAAGAAUCAAAAAAUAGAAUGUAAACAAAGCAAAAGUAUUUAUAAACCAACAUGCCGCUUUUAUGAGCACUUGGCGUUUGCUGAGGUCGAUGUUAAUCCUUUUGAAUGCUCAGUUUGUGGAAAUUUACUUCCUAGUCAAACCCAGUACAAAAUACAUUUAGCAUCCCAUGACGGGUCGCUACCAUAUAAAUGUAUUGUUUGUGGACAUGGAUUUCAGGAGUCAGCUAAUUUAACGGUACAUUUGCGGAGGCAUGCACAAGACUACAAGUACACCUGUGAGGUGUGCAACAGGCCUAUUGCAACCACAACUGAGUUAAAAGCCCAUAUGCUUAUCCACACUGGCGAAAGACCGUAUGUUUGCGAUGUUUGCGGCAAGAGUUUCAAAAUGCUAUACGAUUUUAAAGAACAUUUGCUACGACAUGAGGAACGCAAAAUUCACAAGUGUACAAUUUGUCCAAAGGCCUUUUAUAAUAGAAGUAUGUUUAGGGAACACAAGGCCACUCAUUUGAAGGUGCGGGACAAAAUAUGCAGCGUUUGCAAUAAAGGAUUUACAACUCGGAAACAACUUCGUCAACACAAAGACAUUCAUGAUGCAGAAAAGAAAUUUGUUUGCAAGAUCUGUGGAAAGCGUUUUGCCCAAUCCGCUGGACUAUGUGGACAUAUAAAAUCGCAUGGAACAGCAUUAUCUUCUAAGAUUGCUAAUUAUGAAUAAACUUUUUAUUUAUUUGUGCUUUGUUUUAUAAGUAAAAUCCAUACAAACAAUAUGUAAUAUCUUUCUUAUCAUGAAGUUGCAAUUUAAUUUUAUUUCGAAGAUUGAUCCU